AUGUUAAUUAAGACAGUCAAGACAGAGAUUAGCAAUUUACUGGGUUCAAAUGAAAUGAUGAUGUCAAAUCCAGGUAAUUCCUUACAUUUAUCAAAAGAUCAAUCGAUUUUAUUACGACGUAUAUUACUGCUAGGCCUAGAUACUUCUUAUGAACAAUUGCCUUCACAUAAUUCACAAGCACAAGCACCAACAGGAAAUUGGAAUAAAAUGCAAAUGAAACAUAAUGAAGGAAAAUUUAAACAAAUGCAUGGAAGCUCAUCACCAUGUUAUUCAGCAUCACCAUCAUCAUUAAUAUCUUCCAUUGCUGCAACAUCAAUGAAAGAUCAACUCGAUUUCAAUGGUAAUCAAACUUGUCCAGCUCCUCUAUUACAACCAUUAAUUUCUCAAGCAUCAUUACAACAACAACGAUAUAUGUCUUCACAAUACCAAGCCAAUCCAUUACUUCAACAAAGUUCUUCUACAUAUUUUGGAAAUAGUUUAUCAUAUUGUCCUCCACAGCAAGAACAAGAUAAUCGAAUUUAUCCAUCAACUGCAAAUACUACUAAUACAGAUUCGAUAAAUUCAAAUUGUUGGGGUGUUCAAUCUUCACCAAUCUAUCAAACAAAACAUUAUGCAUAUCCAGAUACAACUAUUUAUAUGCAAUCACCAUCAACAAAUGUGCCUAAUACAAAUCCAGUGUAUUAUCAUAAAUCACCAGUUUCGAUUUCUCCUUCACCACAAAAUAAUACUAUGGUUCUACCAUCACCAAUCUCUGGUUGCCCAUCUUCAUUAUUCAUUGAUCAUGAUAAUGAUACAAUUCGUCAAUCACAGUCACCACCAUGUCUUCCAUCACAAGAAUAUAAGAAUAAACUAAUAACGUUUGGUCAAACGCCACAACAUGAUACAUUCUAUCAAAAUUCAUCACAACAACCAUUACAUAUUUCACCAGAACCAUCAUAUGGCACUCAAAUUUCACUAGCAUAUGGAGAAUAUUAUCCAGAAUAA